AUGGACCACCCGGCGCUGCCCGUGCAGGGCAGCUCCAAGCUCGUUACGCCGCCGGCAAAGCGCCGCAGCACCUAUGAAAGCUUACUCAAUGCGUUUGGGGCUCAGAACACAUCGAGUUCCGUGACUAAAGCCCGCAGGUCCCUUGCCUCAACAGAAUCCAUUGCGCACCCGCCUCAGACGCUCUCCUCGUCGCCCGACCCAUUGCCCAUGCCGCCGCAACCACCGAAUACUGCGAAAUCCAUCGAGCUGGACAGUCCAGCCAGCACUGCAGAUGGGCUCGACGACCCGUCCACCCAGAGUGAGGACUUGACUCCCAGGCGCUCACUCCGCCCACGCCGCAACCUCUCAGAUCUGAACUACACCGACUCGCCCCGCCUCGCACAAAGUUCCGCGAAGAAGGAAAAGGUGAAUCUCGUCAUGUCGGACAUGGUUUCGUCACCGAAGAAUUCACCUAGGCCGAAGAUCAAUGCCAGCGCGCGGGCCCAGAUCCGUGCAGACAUCGAAUCGAACACCAAAGUGAAGCGAGACGCUUUCCUCUACCGUCACAACGAGUAUUUUCUCCCCCUGCUCCCCGACGGCAGCUACAUUGCGAAGCUCAGCAAAAUCAAACAUGGAGCCUUCGUGCCUUACUGCGAGCUGGACAAACAGCCCCAAGGCAUCACAGCAACCUUGAAACCCUACCAGUUGAGCGGCCUCUCGUUCUUGGCUCACAUGUACGACAAUGGUAUGCCUUGCAUGUUGGGAGAUGAAAUGGGUCUCGGUAAGACUUUACAGACCUUGUCCCUCUUUCAGCUUCUCGAAGAAAGAAAGACCAGUCACUACGCUCAAAACCGGCCGUAUCUUGUUGUAUGCCCCUUGAGUGUUGUGAACUCCUGGGUCAAUGAGGCGACCCGAUGGACACCCGAGCUCAAGGUCCUUCGCUUCCACGGACCCAAGGCCGAGCGCGACGCGCUGAAGAAAGUGGCCACUGGCCAGAGGGAUAGGUAUGGCCAGGAGACCAAUCGGUCCAAGAGACGGAGGGGUGACCGUCGUCGCGGUUCGAACAAGAUCAUCAACUUGGAUGAUGACGAAGAUGACGAUGCCUACAAGAUCGUCAUCACUUCCUAUGAGACUUUCGUGUCUGAGCAAACUUGGUUCAAGGCUGCCUUCGUUUGGCGGUACAUUGUUCUCGACGAAGGUCAUCGCGUCAAGAACAGCAAGGCCAACGUCUCCCACGCCCUCCAGGGUCUUCGCGCCGAAUAUCGCUUGAUCCUCACCGGAACUCCGCUCCAAAACGAUAUGCAGGAAAUGUGGUCCCUGCUCCACUGGCUGUUGCCGGAUGUCUUCACCACCAAGACCGCUGAGCUGUUCAAAAACUCGUUUGACCUUAGUCGCGGCCAGAUUGACACUUCCGUCAUGGAUCACGCACGCCGACUUCUCGAGCUGUUGAUGCUCCGAAGGAUGAAAACGAGCCCCGGAGUUGACCUGAAUCUGCCUCCGAAAGAGGAAGUUCUGCUCUACGUUCCUCUCACGCCGUUACAAAGAUUCUGGUACCUCCGAUUACUGACUCGCUCUGGCGAGGCUCUCUUGACCGACAUCUUCGCCAAAGCCAAGGACAAGGAGCAGAAGGCUCUGCAACAGGAUCUUACCGAAGAGAAAAAGUUGAAGAUGUUGGAAGAGACUGAGAAGAUGGCCAGUGAGACACCGGCGGGGUCGGACGUGUGGGAGGAAACCCGGGAAAUGAUGAUCCAAAGCCUGGCCAACGAACGUCAAGAACAAAAACAGGGCGAUUGGGCCAAACUGAUGAACUUGGUCAUGCAGCUCCGAAAGUGUUGCAGCCAUCCAUAUCUUCUUCCCGGAGUCAUUCCAGACCCGUACCCCCCUGGCGACCACGUCAUCCGCGCCUCUGGGAAGUUCAUCGUCCUGGAAAAACUCAUACAGAACCUGAUUUUGGAGCGCGGUAAGAAAGUACUCAUAUUCUCCGGAUUCACAAGUACCCUUGAUCUUUGCGAAGACCUCUUGACCUUGUUGGGUGGAGACGGAGAGUCGUUCCGCUACCUCAGGUUCGACGGAUCCACCGAAAGGGCCCGACGUAAUCUGGAUGUUCGUUUGUUCAACGACAAGUCGACCAACUACAUGGCAAUGAUAGUCUCUACCCGUGCAGGUGGUUUGGGAAUCAACCUCACCGCGGCUACCGAGGCCAUAUUCCUGGACGAGGACUGGAAUCCGCAGGUCACUCUUCAAGCGGAGGCUCGGGCACAUCGCAUCGGACAAACGAAGCCUGUAACCAUUUACAAGCUGUGCACACAGGGAACGGUGGAAGAACAAAUGAUGGGCAGGAUUCGUAAGAAGUUGUACCUUUCAGCGAAGAUAACCGAGUCGAUGAAGAGCGUCUACGGAAGUCCAAGUACGAAGAGAAAGCGCGGCAGACCGAGUGAAGAGGAUAAGCCGCAUCUCAACGUGUCGCAGCUCAAGACGCUUAUCCGCCGCGGCGCUCAAACGCUGAGCCACCCAGAAAUCGAUGUCACCGAAAUGUUGUCUUGGGAUCUGGAAACCAUCUUGGAAAAGUGCUGCGAUAAGCCCAGCAGCGAUAAGCCCAGCGAUUCGGCAGUUGGUGAAGACCGCAACGUUGAUGAACAGACAUGGCUGUCAUCCAUGGAAAAGGUCGAGACGGCAGUUUUCGACGGCCGCCGUAUCCAACGCAAUUCCGAUGCCGACCACUUCAGCGUGCAGACGGAUCUGGUCAGGAACGAUCGCCGGAAGGGAAAGGAAACGACCGUGAUGGUUGGCGGCUUUGCGGUCAACAAGCAAAGCAUGGCUUGUGGCGAAUGGGAAGCGAUGCCGACGUUGGCCGGCAAGGAUCCGCGGCUGGCAGAGCCCGUCCGGGCGAAGAGGAAACCCGUGGUCAACCAAGACGUAAGAAACCUCCCCAAUGCCGAUGUAUUCCUCGCCGUCGACGAGAGUUCCACUGACACGCCACAGCACUGCCAAGCCUGCUGGGACGGCGGAAAAAUCUGGCUGUGCUCUUUCUGCCCCCGCAGUUACCACGAAGGCUGCCUGACCGAUGAGCAGAAGCGCGUCGUCGGUAUCGGCUCGCAAUUCUCCUGCCCGCAGCACGGCUGCGCCGACUGCGCGAAGCGGGCGUCCGAGGCCGGCGGCAUGCUCUACCGCUGCCGCUUCUGCCCGCUGGCUUUCUGCGAAGACUGCCUCGACUUCGAUCGCGCGCAGCUCAUCGGCGACGUCGUGCCCGAGUUCGAGCUGCUCGGUGUUGGAGAAGUCAGGCAGGCCUACUACGUCAGGUGCCACGUCUGCGCUGAUACCUUCAAGGAGGAGCCCGAGAUGAAGGACUUUUACGAGGGAGAGGCGAGGGGCUAUGAGCAGCAGUGGGAGGAAUGGAAGGAGAUGAAAAGGGCGAAGAGGACGAAGAGGGUCAAGAGGAAGGACUCUGGGAUUCAGAGUGACGUUGAAACCAAGAAAGAGGACGUCAACAGUGAGUAUGAUUGGGAUCCGGAGUAUGUCUGA